UCCUUGUGAAGUUGUGACUUGUCACAACGUGCUCAAUACUCUUUACUUGUGUCUUGAAUCUCCAUUAUACCUACUUUUUCUUUCGGAGAGUCUUUACGAAGUUUCUUGUUGUUUUAUUAUUUUAGUUUAACUGUGUCUCUAAUAUUACAAUUUUGAGUUUAAGUUUUUUCAGACUUGAAUGUUUGAAAUGUUAGGUCCUGGGUCAGGUGAAUUUUCCGGUAGGGCCAAGAAUACGUCAGAAUUUGGUAAGCGCACAGCACUUGCAGUGUUGAGUCAAUCAAAUACAUCACUAUUUAAUCAGACCACAAAGCCUAUUACGGGAAUUUUUGGAUCUACUGCUGUUGCGCCUGUAUUUGGUGUAAGUUGCCAGACACCUACUGCUCAUCCAAAAUUUAAAGGUUUCAAUGCAGAUGGAACUUGUUCAUUGUUUGGAACUCCUACAGAAACAUCAACAUCUAAAUCAGGGUUAAUUGGCCAACAAAAUGCUUCAAUGGGUGAAAAAACAGGAGGUGGAUGUUUUGAUUCUAGUAAUUCUAAAACUUCAUUUCAACAAUCAAAACCAGUUGAAACACCAUUAGCCCAGCCAACUAGUAAUAUAUUCGCUGCACCACAAACAAGUACUGCAGGCAACGGAAUCUUUGGCGCAUCUACCACUGUGUUGGGUCAAACAAAAACAUCAAUAUUUAAUCAGACUACACAGCCUAAUAUGGGAAUUUUUGGAUCUACUGCUGUUGUGCCUGUAUUUGGUGUAAGUUGUCAGACACCUACCGCUCAUCCAAAAUUUAAAGGUUUCAAUGCAGAUGGAACUUGUUCAUUGUUUGGAACUCCUACAGAAACAUCAACACCAAAAUCAGGGUUAAUUGGCCAACAAAAUGCUUCAAUGGAUGAAAAAACAGGAGGUGGAUGUUUUGAUUCUAGUAAUUCUAAAACUUUAUUUCAACAAUCAAAACCAGUUGAAACACCAUUAGCGCAGCCAACUAGUAAUAUAUUCGCUGCACCUCAAACAAGCACUGCAGGCAACGGAAUCUUUGGCGCAUCUACCACUGUGUUGGGUCAAACAAUAACAUCAAUAUUUAAUCAGACUACACAGCCUAAUAUGGGAAUUUUUGGAUCUACUGCUGUUGCGCCUGUAUUUGGUGUAAGUUGUCAGACACCUACCGCUCAUCCAAAUUUUGAAGGUUUUAAUGCAGAUGGAACUUGUUCAUUGUUUGGAACUCCUACAGAAACAUCAACAUCUAAAGUAGGGUUAAUUGGCCAACAAAAUGCUUCAAUGGGUGAAAAAACAGGAGGUGGAUGUUUUGAUUCUAGUAAUUCUAAAACUUCAUUUCAACAAUCAAAACCAGUUGAAACACCAUUAGCGCAGCCAACUAGUAAUAUAUUCGCUGCACCUCAAACAAGCACUGCAGGCAACGGAAUCUUUGGCGCAUCUACUACUGUGUUGGGUCAAACAAAAGCAUCAAUAAUUAAUCAGACUACACAGCUUAAUACGGGAAUUUUUGGAUCUACUGCUGUUGUACCUGUAUUUGGUGUAAAAUGCCAGACACCUACCACUCUUCCAAUAUUUGAAGGUUUCAAUGCAGAUGGAACUUGUUCAUUGUUUAGAACUCCUACAGCAACAUCAAAAUCUAAUGGAGGGUUAUUUGGUCAACAAAAUGCUUCAAUGGGAGAAAAGACAGGAGGUAUGUGUUUUGGUUCUAUUAAUUCUUUCCAACAAUUAAAACCAUCAGGAACACCAUUGGCACAGUCAACUAGUAAUAUAUUUGCUGCACCUCAAAUAAUCACUGCAGGCACCGGAAUAUUUGGCACAUCUACUACUGGUCAUGCCACAUCAGGAUUUGGAGCAACAUCUGCUGAUGGUACAGCCAUAAAAUUUAAUCCAGUGACAGGUACUGAUACAUGUGUCAUUAAUGGUGUAGUUCAUAAAAUUAAUACUAGUCAUCAAUCAAUAACCGUUAUGAAAGAAUAUGAAACAAAAGCUUUUGAGGAAUUAAGAUUUGAAUAUUAUUUUGCAAACCGCAAAGUUGAACAUCAGGGUGCUGUUGAUGGCAGAAUUUUUGAAAGCCCUAAAACUUUGUUUAGUUCUACAAUAACUUUAAAUACAGAUUCAUUUAGAGUGAAUGAUAAUAACUCACUUUAUGGUGCAACUUCAACAACACCUAUACUCCUCGGAGAUGUUAUGACAAAAAUUCAACUAUUUGCUGCUCCUCAGACAAAUAUAUUUGGAACUACUGCUCCUUCGACUUUUGUUACCCAAACUACAGGAUUUGGCCAAACUGGAUUCGAACAACCCAAUCAGAACAACCUAUUUGGUCAAAAUAAACCAGCAUUCGGUCUUGGAUCAACACAAACAACAGGUUUUGGUUUUGGAACUAAUACAUUUACUAGUGCACAUGGUAUUUUUGGAAGUAAACCUAAUUCUGGUUUUCAUAUGACUUCUUCAGCUUUUGGCACAGACAAUACUUUUGGAGCCACAUCAACAGCUCAACCAGCUACUCGUGGAUUAUUUAGUUCUAAAGCUUUUACUGAGGCACAAACUACAUCAUUAUUUAACCAAACAACAAAUAAUGUAACAGGUGUAUUUAAUGCUACAAGUUCAGGAGGGAAAUGGAAAAAGAACACAAGGAAUGAAGGAACUGGACUUUUUGGUAGUAACAAACAAACUGGCAAAUUAGGACUUUUUGGAAAGUAAUUAAGUUUGAAUAAAACUUAAAAUUUAAUAUGUAAUCUUUGAAACUAAAUAUAAUUAUUUUAGUAUGUUAAUAAUAUUCAUUUAUCU